AGGGCGUGAGGCUGCAUAACCUUUCAUGGUGUCCUAUAAAUCCUGAUGCUUCUUGGCCGAAGAGAGCGCCGGCAAUCAUCUCCAAGAGGCACCGGUGAGACUCCGUCAGCGAUUCGGCCCUCGUCGUCUCCAUCUCGAGAGCUUUCCUCCCGAAGUAAUUAAUGCUCGGGGUGUUGCUCAUCUCGUCCUCCUCGUGGUGGUGUGUCAUCCUUCUCGUCGGUGGAUGACACGGCAGGAGGCGUUGGCGAGGGCCGGACCGAGACGGAGAGGGCCCCCACUCCCUGCGGUUCAUCCGGUUAAAGAAUGGCCAGGACGCAAUCGGAACGGUCAACCGCGUCAACGGUGGCUGUCGUCAAGGGACACUACAGGCCGAAGCAUGCUUUUUCACUAGUGCUACGACCCCAUGCUAUGAUGACUGUCUUUAUUCCACGUUGUUUUCCUUGAGACGGACAAAAUCCAAGCUAAACUUCAUUCUUUAGGAUUACCAAGCAUUCCAUAAAUCCCUCGUAACCAAUCUGAAUCCACACUAAAGGCGAGCCUCUGAGAUCUUGAUUAAUCAUCCCAUGGCUUCUUAAAAAGAUAUUCGAAGUGGUUUUUGGUUACUUGUGAGCUAUUUUAUGAUUCUUAUCUUUUAAAGCGAGCUGGAUCACCAAGAGAGACGAUGAGAUACUUCUUGUUACUGGUUUUAUUGGCAUCAUCAGCAAUUCUAGUUGAUUGUCUGCUUGAAGUGAGCAUUGAUUGUGGAUUUUCUGGUGAUGAUUCAUACUAUGACGACAGGACGUUCAAAAUCUAUGCUCCUGAUGCAGAGUACAUAGACACUGGUGCAAACCAUGAAAUUGAUGAAUUCUACGUCACAGGUCAGCCAGUGCAGGCUCAAAACCUUCGUAGUUUUCCUGAUGGUGUUCGUAAUUGUUAUACUAUAAAUGAUGUGACUCAAGGUGACAAGUACCUCAUAAGAGCUUCCUUUCUGUAUGGAUACUAUGAUGGUGGUCAACAGAUGAGAGAUGGCCGCAGUCUCACAUUUGAUCUCUAUUUUGGUGUUAAUUUUUGGCAAACAAUGAACAUUACUGGUGCAUCUCAUCUCUACAUUUCAGAGAUAAUAACCUUGGCAUCCUCUGAUUACUUUUCGAUAUGUCUGGUAAAAAGUGGUGAUGGCAUCCCGUUCAUAUCUGCUCUGGAGUUGAGGCGCCUCGACAGUGAACUUUACAAAGAUGUGAAUCAAUCAGUCUCCUUACGAUUAUCGGAAAGGAAGAGCAUGGGAUUGAAUCGAACUAUCAGAUUUCCAGACGAUAUCUACGAUCGCAUUUGGCAGCCAGGGUACACGUCUUGCGAAGCAACAUCCUACUGUCGUGAUGUCAGGCAAAAUCCGACUGUGUUAACCACUACUGCCUUGGUUGAUCUUGGUUCUGAUGAUGCUUAUAAGGUGCCGUUGGCAAUCAUGCAGUCGGCUGAUGUUUCAUCAGAUAACAACACUCUGAUACUUCGCCUAAGCAAUGGAGAUGAUGUGGUCAUGGCUCCCAUGUUUUAUGUCUACUUGCACUUUGCUGAACUACGAGCUCCCAAAGGCAAUGAGAGCAGUAUAUUUCAAUUGAGAGUGCCCGGCAGCCGACGCAGUUUGAUCAACAUCUCCCUAGAAUACUUGGUGGCACGCCACAUCCAAUUCAUUUAUCAGGCUAACUCAGAUCCAAGCACUUUUUAUUUGAAUCUGACCAGGGUGCCAGGCUCCUUACCCCCAUUGCUCAAUGCCAUGGAAGCUUAUUCCUAUGUCGAUCUCACAAAAAUUUCAACUGAUCAGGGAGAUGUUGAUGCUAUGAUGAUGAUAAAGAGGUUGUUGUAUCACACCGAGUGGCAAGGUGAUCCAUGCGUUCCUGUGCAAUUUGCUUGGAAUGAAACCAAAUGCUCUUUCCCUAUCUCCACACCCCCAAGGGUCACCUCCUUAGACCUUUUUAAUCGGGGACUUAAAGGUGAUAUCCCAGCUGCUAUUGGCAACCUAUCAGCCAUCACAUACUUGAACUUAUCAAGAAAUACCUUCACUGGGCCUAUUCCACCAUUUCUUGCAAAUUUGAACUCACUUCAAACUCUGGAUUUAUCAGGCAACCAGCUUGAUGGUUCUUUGAUUGAUGUUUUAUGCAACAGACAAGCAAAUGGCUCACUCCGGUUGAGAUUGGAGGACAACCCAUGUUAUUUUCAGGGUAUAUGUGUUUGCAAGAGAAAGCAAAAGCACAGUAUUCAUGUCCUUGCUAUUUCCAUCGUUGUAGCAGCAGUCAUAGUGAUAGUUCUGCUGUCAGUGUUCUUCCUUAGAGGAAGAAGAGGAAAAAAGGAACCAUCAAAGCGACAACCGAAAUGGAGGGACACCAUAGGCAGUUCCUUCCACACUGGGAGCCCUCAUUUCACAUACCAAGAUCUGAGGACCAUCACCAACAACUUUGAGCGGGUCAUUGGCAAAGGAGGCUUUGGGACUGUCUACUAUGGUCGUUUGCAUGAUGGCACAGAGGUUGCGGUGAAGAUGCAGAAGCGAUUUCUUGCAAUCGAGGAAGGGAUUUCAGAGGACUUUAUGACAGAAGAACUUGGUUCUGAUUCCCAUGGGAUAAAGGAGUUCCAGGUUGAGGCUCAACUCUUAUCGAGGGUGCAUCAUAGAAACUUGGUGGCUCUGGUUGGUUAUUGUAAGGAUGGUCAUUCCCUCGGACUUGUUUUUGAAUAUGCAGCUCAAGGAAGUCUCAAAGACCAUCUAUCAGAUAAAAAUAAUACUGGCAGAGUCUUGAGUUGGAGAGAACGACUUCGUAUUGCUGUUGAUGCUGCACAAGGGUUAGAGUAUCUACACAAGGGAUGUAAGCCACCAAUAAUUCAUAGAGAUGUGAAGACCAGCAACAUCCUCUUAUCUCACAACUUUGAGGCCAAGAUUGCAGAUUUUGGGCUGUCAAAGGCUUUCUUGACUGACGCUCAUACUCAUGUGUCCACUCAAGCCGUCGUUGGAACACCUGGAUAUGUAGACCCCGACUAUCACAGCACAUAUCGGCUAACAGAAAAAAGCGAUGUGUAUAGCUUUGGGAUUGUUCUUCUAGAGUUAGUCACAGGUCUCCCGGCUGUGCUAAAGUUUCUGGAAACCGGUCACAUUCUUCAGUGGGUUCGUCAAGGCCUUGCUCAAGGGACCGUAGCUGAUGUUGUUGAUCCAAGACUACAACAACAACAACAACAAUGUGACAUGUACUCUGUCAGAAGGGUCGUUGAUUUAGCACUUCAUUGCACUGCUCUAAACAGCAAUGAGAGGCCCACCAUGACUGAAGUGGUGAUGCAAUUGAAAGAGAGUCUGCAACUAGAAAUUGUUAGUGAAAGCAGCACAAGGCCGUAUGGUGGAGACGUCGAUGUUAAUCAAAGUGGCUCAACUGCAUCAACCAGCAUCAACUUAACUGAGUUGAGUGGCCCCAGCGCAAGAUAGUAAGCAUCACUUCUCUGCACACCAUGGCUUCUUAAAGUUCCUUUGGCUUUUUUCUUUUCCUCUGUCUCUCUCUCUCUCUCUCUCUAUUGUGUCUAGAUUAAUCUUCUGAAAAUGAAAAUAUUGUAAUUAUGACAACACUGAUAUCCAAUGAAUGCCUAGGAAAUACCAUAUCAAGUGUAAUUAUUAGAUA